AUGGAUGACUGGGACAACAGCAAUGAAUUCAUUCAGCGACUGGAUUUUUCCAGUUGUGGCGAAGAAAGUGAAGACACAAGUGUAAACGAGGAGGACACCCUGAGCUCCAGCCCCUCCAGGAGCUGCGAGUUCCAUAACUGGCGAGGGAACAGUCCUCUGCCAGCAACCCCUCAAAGAAAGCUUAGUGAUGAUCUCUUGAGCAGGACGGGAGCUUGGGUGAGUCCCACCCUGCAGCCUUCCCCAGCUGUGAGCGAGAGAUGGGGUAAUCCCGAGACACCGCUGCAUAUCACCUGGAAAAAGCUGCAGCUGUAUGACUCCCCUUACACUCCCAAGAGCCUGCUAUCGAAGACAGCUUUUCCUUCACCUGGGACAAAGGUCCCAGCCAAAGGCUUCCGACAUCUGAGAUUUACUCCUGGUUCUGACUCGGAUGACCCUGCCCAAGCUUCUCUUGUCAACAUUAAUCCCUUUACACCAGAGUCGUAUCGACAAACGCUCUUUCUUCCUAAUGGCAAGCGGAAGACCAGAGGAGAGCUGAGGGAUCCUGAUCCAAGAAGACAGAUAAAACAGGAUCUAUCUACAAAGAGAUGUCCUCUGAAAGAGAGCAAUAUGGUUUCCCGCUAUGAGAAGGAGUUCCUGGAACUAGAGAAAAUUGGUGUGGGGGAAUUUGGCUCUGUCUACAAAUGCAUCAAACGCCUCGAUGGAUGUGUUUAUGCCAUCAAACGCUCCAAAAGGCCUCUGGCAGGAUCCUCGGAUGAGCAGCUGGCACUGCGGGAGGUCUAUGCUCAUGCUGUCCUUGGGCACCACCCCCAUGUUGUGCGUUACUACUCAGCCUGGGCAGAGGACGAUCACAUGAUUAUCCAAAAUGAACACUGCAAUGGUGGGAGUCUCCAAGAUGUGCUGCUGGAAAAUGCAAAGCUUGGCCAGUACUUCCCAGAAGCAGAACUGAAAGAAAUACUGUUACAAGUCUCCAUGGGGCUAAAAUACAUCCACAACUCCGGGCUUGUACACCUGGAUAUCAAACCCAGUAAUAUCUUCAUCUGUCACAAGCUGGCAGCUGUGAGCCCUGCUGAGCAGGAAGAGAGUGACAGUGAAGAUGAAUUCUCUUCUGGUGUGGUGUAUAAGAUUGGUGACCUUGGCCAUGUGACGUCAAUAACAAACCCUCAGGUGGAGGAAGGAGACAGACGUUUUUUGGCCAAUGAGAUUUUACAAGAGCAAUACUGCCACUUGCCCAAGGCAGAUAUCUUUGCCCUGGCACUUACAGUAGCUCUAGCAGCUGGUGCGGCACCGCUGCCUCACAAUGGGGCCCUGUGGCACCACAUCCGUGGAGGCAACAUCCCACCCAUCCCCCAGAAGCUUCCUUGUUGCUUUCUUGACCUCCUCAAGCUCAUGGUCCAUCCUGACCCAGCAGAAAGACCUUCUGCCACAGCUCUUACUAAACAUCCAGUUCUCAGGCCUUCCCAUGAAAAAGCUGUGCAGCUCCAAAAGCAGCUCCACGUGGAGAAGUGCAAGACUGCCAUGCUGGAAAGGAACGGCGGCGGCAUGUGGCGGCGACCGGCGUGGCAGGUGCUUCGCCAGUUUGUGAGACAUGAGUCUGAUACAGUCGGCUCGUUGGUACUGGAAAGAUCCAUGAACCGUGUUCAGUUACUUGGUCGGGUUGGGCAGGACCCUAUUAUGAGGCAAGUGGAGGGAAAAAAUCCCGUGACCAUAUUUUCUCUUGCAACCAAUGAGAUGUGGCGAACGGGGGACAGCGAGACGGCCCAGGGAGGUGAUAUCAGUCAGAAGACAACAUGGCACAGGAUCUCUGUCUUCAGACCAGGCCUCAGGGAUGUUACCUAUCAGUAUGUGAAGAAAGGUUCUCGAAUCUAUGUUGAAGGGAAGCUAGACUAUGGUGAAUACACAGAUAAAAACAACGUGAGGCGGCAGGCCACAACAAUUAUAGCAGAUAAUGUAAUUUUUCUGAGUGAUGGUAGUAUGAAAGAAAAGGCGUGAGGUCGUUAGUGCUCGGAUCUAGACCAUUUUGUUCCUUUUGUUUCACAUGCUUCAUAGUUCUGUAAUCAUGUGUGUCAAUGUAGUUUCUCUUACAAGUAAAUAAAAUGUUUGAUACCUAUA